AACAGAAUGCUAGCAAUGACAGCACAGGCGACAGAAACGGAAGACAGUGAUAACAGUGCGUCGCAGAUUUGGUCGUUGACCACGAAGCGCUCGCUCAUACCCCCUAUAAGAAAGGAAUUCGCGUGGAACUGCAUUCAAGUAACGAUGGACAUCGAUACGGGCUCUCCUGUUUGCGUCAUUCCUAAGAGCAUCUACGAGAUGUACUGUCAUCAGUGGCCACAGCUACAGAAGUCAGAACUACAGCUUUCAUGCUAUCUGGGAAGACUUCCGCUUCUCGGCGCAAUAACAAUGCCGGUUUCCUACGAAGGUACAACAGUGCAAUGUACUUUGACUGUUUUAGACUGCGAUGGGCCCAGUCUUUGCGGUCGGGAUCUGCUGAAAAAAUUAACAGACGAACGUAUCCAGGUUCUCAACGUGUAUCCGCAGCCUUCAAGGUCAAGCCAAGCCCAGGAGGUCAUUCUGAAGCUGCUCCAGAAAAACGCUGACCUUUUCACUGAGGGCACUGGUCUCAUGAAAGGUCCGCCGGCCCGACUGCAUAUCAAGACCGGAUCAACCCCCAAGUUUUUCAAGGAGCCGGAAGCAGAAACGGAAAACCUCACGGAUAUGGUGCUUCUCAUUGACCAGCUGGACAAGCCCGCGGUUUCGCACAAAGAACUUCAAGCACUCACAGAAGCGGACGCCGUUUUACAAGAAGUAUGUAGGGACCACGAAUUGCCGAAGAAUCCAGGUGCUGAGUCUGCGAGUUGGUACUUCGCUCCUGGAGAUGCCGUCUAUGUGCGCAACUACGGUGUUGGAGACAAGUGGACGCCAGGCAAAGUGAAAUCGACGAGUGGGGCACGUCUCGUCACUGUAGCUACGGAAGACGGCGUCGUUCGACGUCAUGUCGACCAGGUGCGAAAACGUUCAUCCGGCACAGAUGCAAGCCGAGAAACAUCGACUCCAGAAGAACCACCACCCGAGGGACAACACCGAACGACCAAGGAUGCCCCGAAAUGCGAAGCGGAUGACCUUUCCGAAAGCCCGGUCCCCGAGUUUCGUCGAUCCACAAGAAUCAGAAAGCCCGUGGAACGCUACGGCUACUAGGGGGAAGGAAUGCUGCAGAUAACAAGUCCGGCCAAAUGACGCCCCUCAGCGCAUGCGUCAUUGUAAAACUUUCCUUCUUUCUCUCCUCUUGCUUUCCUAUAUAU